GAGAAGGCCCUCUGUGGUGGGGUGGGGAAAGGGGCCGGACUCCGCCGAGCUGGGUGAGACCACUCGGGGGUCGGAGUGGAUGGAGGACCGCGAGGCGCGUUGGGAGAGAGGCCCGGAAGGAUUUGUUGGAAACCUUCGAGAAAGGGAAGGUGAAGGGCCUUGGUGUUUGAGCCCUUUCUCUGGCAGACGUUCUCACCGGAAUUAACAGGAAUAAGGAUAAAAGAAUCCGAAAAAGUUAAAGAAGAUAUAUAUUCAGUCUCCAAACCAGAAAGUCAACUAAGUGGAAAUGCACAAUUUUGAGGAUGAGUUAACAUGUCCCAUUUGUUACAGUAUUUUUGAAGAUCCUCGUGUACUACCGUGCUCUCAUACAUUUUGUAGAAAUUGUUUGGAAAAUGUGCUACAGGCAACUGGUAACUUUUAUAUAUGGAGACCUUUACGCAUUCCACUCAAGUGCCCUAACUGCAGAAGUAUUAUUGAAAUUGCUCCAAGUGGUAUUGAAUCUUUACCUGUUAAUUUUGCAUUAAGGGCUAUUAUUGAAAAGUACCAGCAAGAAGACCAUCCGGAUAUCAUCACCUGCCCUGAGCAUUACAGGCAGCCCUUAAACGUUUACUGUCUCCUGGAUAAAAAAUUGGUUUGUGGUCAUUGCCUUACCAUAGGUCAACAUCAUGGUCAUCCUAUAGACGACCUUCAGAGUGCCUAUAUGAAAGAAAAGGACACACCUCAGAAACUGCUUGAACAGUUAACUGACACACACUGGACAGAUCUUACUUGUCUUAUUGAAAAGCUAGAAGAACAAAAAUCUCAUUCAGAGAAAAUGGUCCAAGGUGAUAAGGAAGUUGUUCUCCAGUAUUUUAAGGAGCUUAGUGAUACAUUAGAACAGAAAAAAAAAAUUUUCCUAACAGCUCUUUGUGAUGUUGGCAAUCUGAUUAAUCAAGAAUAUACUCCACAAAUUGAAAGAAUGAAAGAAAUGAGAGAGCAGCAGCUUGAAUUAGUGACACUGACAACAUCUUUACAAGAAGAGGCUCCACUUAAAUUUCUUGAAAAAGUUGACGAGGUCCGCCAGCGUGUGCAGAUCUUGAAACAAAGACCACUUCCUAACGUCCAACCUGUUGAAAUUUAUCCUCGAGUAAGCCAAGUAUUGAAAGAAGAUUGGAGCAGAACAGAAAUUGGACAAAUUAAGAAACUUCUUAUUCCUGAAAUGAAGAUCUCUUCAAAAAGGAUUCCCUGUGCCUGGCCUGAUAAAGAGGAAAAAGUUGAAUUUUUUAAGAUUCUAAACAUUGUUAUAGUUACACUAAUUUCAGUAAUACUGAUGCUGAUCCUCUUUUUUAACCAACACAUAAUAACCUUUUUAAAUGAAAUCACUUCAAUAUGUUUUUCUGAAGUCGCUCUCUCUGUUUACCAAAGUUUAUCUAAGAAUGUGCACAAUUUAAAGAAUAUACUAUGUCACACUGUAUAUUUACUGAAGGAAUUCAUGUGGAAAAUAAUUUCUCAUUGAACAUUCUAAUCUGGAUUAUUUAAGGCUUAUUCUGUACAGCAGAGGCUAAUGACCAUCGCUAAAUAGAGGAAUAUAGGGGUAACUUGGAUAAAUAAAAUAGCAGGCUAAAAGUUUGUUAGAAUUGCAACAGAAUAAUCCCUCUUAUGCUUCUGUUGAAUAGAAAAUGUGUCAUCAGAAAUUAGAAAUGAGACAAUGUCUGAUUUUCUGAAAACCAGAACAAACUCUAGUGAUAACUUAAGUAUUAAUACAUUAUCCCAUUUUUAUUGGUUUGUAAGGUUGACUGUUUUAACAUUCUUAUACCAGUAGUGUUUUAGCAUUAUGUACUGCAGUGGUUGGCUUUGCAGUUGUGUAUACAUAGUUUUUAAUUAAAAGAUGUCAAAAUCCUGAAAGAUACAAACUUGACACUUUUGAAUGGGCAAAUAAAGAUGGUGAGAAGAGGUUUUUAUAUUCAAGUAGCUAAGUCAAAGUGAUAGGGGAUUGCUGAUGUUAAAGAUAUGUUUGAUCAAAUGUACCUGAUCCACACAUUAGUAUUUAAGAGCCUACAGUUUCUGUAACAUUCAUUACUAAUAAAACUGUUGCUUAAGUGUUGUUAGGGACAAAAUAGUAACAUUUCCUAGCACUUACUGUCCUAUGAUUCAUGUAAAUUUAUUUUAGGAUUGUAUUGAUAUUUGACUUUUGUGUAGUCUUUGUCUUGUUAGUAAAAUCAGUUCGUGGGAAAUAUUGAUACGUCCCACCCUCAUUACGUUUGGAUGGCAUCAUGUUAACUGUAUGUCUUUAAAAUUCUUAAAUUUUUCAAGUCUUUUAUGCUAAUGCCAGUUCAGUUCAGUCACUCA